AUGACACAGAGAUUCUCAGUGGCAGAGAAAUCAGUCGUCUGCUCCCUCUGUGGUAAAGGGUUUACUGAGAAAGGAAACCUCAACACACAUAUGAGAAUCCACACUGGAGAGAAACCGUUCCCCUGCUCACUCUGUGGUAAAGAGUUUGCACAGAAAGGAAACCUCAAGCUACACAUGAGAAUCCACACUGGAGAGAAACCGUUCCCCUGCUCACUCUGUGGUACAGGGUUUACACAGAAAGGAAACCUCAAGAAACACAUGAGAAUCCACACUGGAGAGAAACCGUUCCCCUGCUCACUCUGUGGUAAAGGCUUUGCACAGAAAGGAAACCUCAACAGACACAUGAGAAUCCACACUGGAGAGAAACCGUUCCCCUGCUCCCUCUGUGGUAAACAGUUUACCGAGAAAGGAAAACUCAACAAACAUAUGAGAAUCCACACUGGAGAGAAACCGUUCCCCUGCUCACUCUGUGGUAAAAGGUUUCCACAUAAAGGAACCCUCAAGAUACACAUGAGAAUCCACACUGGAGAGAAACCGUUCCCCUGCUCACUCUGUGGUAAACAGUUUACCGAGAAAGGAAAACUCAACAAACAUAUGAGAGUCCACACUGGAGAGAAACUGUUCCCCUGCUCACUCUGUGGUACAGCGUUUGCACAGAAAGGAACCCUCAACAAACACAUGAGAAACCACACUGGAGAGAAACCGUUCCCCUGCUCACUCUGUGGUAAAGGGUUUGCACAGAAAGGAAACCUCAACAGACACAUGAGGAUCCACACUGGAGAGAAACCGUUCCCCUGCUCACUCUGUGGUAAACAGUUUACCGAGAAACGAAAACUCAAACUACACACGAGAAUCCACACUGGAGAGAAACCAUUCCUCUGCUCCCUCUGUGGUAAAGGGUUUGCACAGACAGCAGACCUCAACAGACACAUGAGAAUCCACACUGGAGAGAAACCGUUCCCCUGCUCCCUCUGUGGUAAACAGUUUACCGAGAAAGGAAAACUCAACAAACAUAUGAGAAUCCACACUGGAGAGAAACCAUUCGUCUGCUCCCUCUGUGGUAAACAGUUUACCGAGAAAGGAAACCUCAACACACAUAUGAGAAUCCACACUGGAGAGAAACUGUUCCCCUGCUCACUCUGUGGUAAAGGGUUUACACAGAAAGGAAACCUUGACAAUCACAUGAGAAUCCACACUGGAGAGAACCUGUAGAGACUCAGUCCUGUGUGUGUGUGUGUGUGUGUGUGUGUGUUUGUGUGUGGGAGAAGCUUCA